UUGUACAUUUACACUGCAGGAUCUGGCUGCUUUUCUUGUUGUUCUGGCUGGUACAAGGGAGGCGGAUGGCUCCCCCAGGUUUUGUAGAGAGCAGUUGCCACUCCAGGAUUUUUUGGAUGAAACUGAAUAAACUCUUUCUCCAAGGAAAGUUCUUCCAGCUGGAAAUCAAUGAUCCUUAUGCCGGCCCUGUUCUGCUGGAUGAGAAACUAGCAUCUCGCUGUGGCUAUGUCCUGUCAGAAGAUGUAUGGGGCAACCCCAUCUUCCGGGCGUCAGUGCUUGGCUGUCAUGUGGCCAAUGAGGCAGAUGAGCUGUUCUCACUUACUGUGAACAUCAGGGUGUCUUCGUUUCCAAGCAUGAGAGCAGCUGUGACCUACAUCUACCCCAUGUACUGCUCCUACUCUUCCUGGGCUCCAAGAGAAAUUGUGUGUGAAGAAAAUUACAUGGAGGUAUCAGUGAAGACUGAUGUCCCUGCAGUUUCAAACGACUACACUGUAGCAUGGAUGUCAGCAUUACCAGAGACUCAAAAUCUUGCAUACCAGCUAUGGCAACUGAUGUUUGUUUCUCCAUCAGGGAGAAAGAGAAUAAUGGUAAGCGAUGCAGCUAAACUAGGCUACAGCUUCAAUAACACACUGUCUCGAGUUUAUCUCCGUGCACCCUAUCACAGCAAUGAGUCUGAUUUCAGCACGGUUGGUGGUGUAAAUAUGAACAUGGUCACUUCCACUUCCAUGUACAGGCAGCGGUGGCUGCUUUUGCUGAUUGACACAACUGUCUCCUGCCCUGUUGAUGGUACCAGCUUCACUGAUACUACGUUAACAUGGACUGUGCCAAGUAUUAUCCCCACAUUAGUGCUUCAAGAAUCCACCUUUUUGUCCAAAAGCAUUUCAAUGGGAGUCAAUGGCCAAGUCAUAGCAAAACCUCAGGAGAAGAACUACUUACUGGAGCACAACAACACACAUAUUGGAAUAACUAUCCCAAUUGGAGCAGAAGGAGGGAAACUAAAGAGCUCUGUAUCUGGUGGUGUGUAUGGAGUUAUUUACAGCAUUGACUUGUUCUUGGAGCACACAUGGACAGAUGCAGAUUGGCAAACCACUAAGUAUACUGUCAUCAAACCAAUCGUUACACCUUUUAUACCACAAAUACCAACUGUUAUCAACAAUACUCUGCCAGAGGAAAGGAUAUUUAAUGUUGCAUUUGGACAUUUUCUUCCCGAUGUCUCUCUGGUGUCAAUCACAGUAGGAAAUGUGCCCUUUACCCUAAGACAGGCACAACAUCAGGGGUAUAAGAUUUAUGAAACUCCUUUUUCUAAUACAACAAAAGGAUUCAUCUUGGAAGUCCCUUUUGAUGAUCCAUAUGUUCUAAAGGAGUACGUGAAUAAAAAUGAAACAAAAUAUACCCUUCUUCUUAACUACACUCUAAGUGUGGGUCCAGAGAUGACACUCUAUCACCAUUCAGCAGAGUUGGAAUGCAUAAUUGCUGAUAUCGAACUACCAGAAGCAGUUGGUUACUGUGAUAAAGAAAACCUGUAUUUAGCCAUUCCUAUUUUAGGCCUGCACCAGUACUGGAACCUAUAUAUUGGUAACAAACUUCUGAACCGGCACACUGUACUUACAAAUGGGUAUUUUGCAGCUACCAAUUCUACCCACCUGAUCUUGCAAAUACCUUUGUUUGCUAUAGGAGUUAUCUAUGAGGAAGUGUCCUUUCAGAAAAUCAAAGCAAGGUUUGAUGUUGCCCUGAGGAAAGUGAGAACUUUGGAGACCUUAGAGAUAUUCUCCACUAGAUGCAAUUUUAAUUCUUCAGCAUUUAUAGUAUGCCACCCAGACGGAACUAUAAUGAUAUCCGCCCAAAUGAAGACAAUUCCUGCUAUUGAUAUGAGUAAAACUAAACUAAGGGACAGCUCUUGCAAGCCUAAAGAAUAUAAUAAAGAACAUGCCUUCUUCAAGUUCCAUGUCACCACUUGUGGCACUUCCGUAAGGUUUGAAGGUGAUCACAUUAUUUAUGAAAACGAAAUCUCUUAUGAAAAAGAGACUAUCCCAGGACGAAGUCUGUCAACAAUCACAAGAGAUACAGACUACAGAUUAACAGUCUUGUGCUACUAUCAAGCAAAGGAGACACUGAUGCUGGGUGCCUUCGUUGGUGAUUCAUCUGCACACACGUCGCCUGCCUUUGGCUCUGGUACAGUGGUGCCAAGAUCGAAUAUUGCAGUAUACAGAAGGAUAAGACAAGUCCUGAAUGUAGUUUCAAGGGUGUCAAAAGAUGAGUCUUUCCUGGAAUUCUAUGAACCGAAUAUGGCCAUACUCAGACGAUCCUUGGACCCUGUGUUUCUUGAGGUUGAGCUGAAAGAUGAAAGUCCUGAAGCAGAAUUAUUCUUGGAUAAUUGCUGGGUCACUGAGUCUCUAGACUUUAACAGCACCUCAAGAUGGAAUAUCACUGUGGAUGGGUGUGAGAUUAACAGCAAUGAGUUUGUUGUGGAUUUCUGUCCAGUAACUGUUAGCAGCAGAGUGAAACAUCCGUCACAUUUUAAAAGGCUAGCAGUAAGGAUCCUGACACAUCCUUUGGAACAGGUGUACGUGCACUGCUCACUGGCAGUCUGCUCUCCUACCAACAUAUUACAUGGCAGCCUCUGCAGAGGACAAUGCAGCUCAAGCAUGGAGAGGAGGGUCGGUCUCCAGGGCUACAUACUUGCUGGACCAAUCUGGAUUACUGAUCCAGAUCUAAGAUGA